UUGAGCAAAAAUUUUCAACAGUUGUAUGCGGCGUCAACUAAAUGUUUUUAGUUUGUGAGCAGCAGUUGAACGAUAAAUACGAAAUUUUGAAAAUUUGUGCGAAUACGGAAACAGACGACAAUACUAACGGCACGCGAGUUAUGUAAGCAGUAUUUAGGCCGACAUUAAAAUAAUUCUACAAUAAAAGAUAUUUUUAAAUCGGAAAAUCAUAAAAAAUAUUUAAGAAAAGCGAUAAAUUGUAAUAAAAUUAAGAAAAUUUAAACCAAAAAGUAACGGUUUUAUGAAAAAAAGUUAAAAAAAUUGUUCAAAUACAGGAAGUGCAAAAAAUCAUUAAAAGAAAACACCCAUUUACUUAGCAAAAGACGAUAAAAUAUGAGCUCACAUGCAAAUAAUAGAAAUGGAGGGAUGUUAAUCACUCGAAAUGAACGUUCUAUGCCAAAAUGGGUGACAGAACAAAGUGAUCGCAUUGGUCCAAGACCACCACCGCCACCUUUAACGCCCGAAAAUGGUCAUGCACCACCUAAACAGCCAAAUUUGCCGCCAAAAACUAAGAUGCAACCGGAACCGGACUAUGAAGUCAUUGAAUUCUCUAAUCAACAGUAUUCAAAUGCUCCACUACGACCAAAUUCUGCCAGUUCGGGCUCAAAGACUCCUGAUAAUAAACUAAAAUGUACUUUAUGUGGCUCUGGCAAUCCUUGGGUUACUUGUGAAGAAUGUGCUCAACAAAUAUUUUGUGCUUCUUGUGACGACAUGUUUCACAAGCAUCCAAAACGUAAAGAUCAUCAAAGAAAGACCAUCGAAAAGUCACGUCCACCCAUACCGCCAAAGGUUUUGCCAGGCCAACCUGGUCCCUCACCGCCAGUGGCUCCACCCAGACGCAACAAACGCGGCUUAAUGACACCCAUUAUGCAACGCAAGGAUCAGGGUAAUGCAAUGCCGGGACCAUUUCCUGUACCUCCAUCACCCACUCCAUCAAUGAAGAAUGCAUCUUGGAAAGAACGUUUUGGUUCUUUGCCCAGAGGUUUGAACUUAUUAAAUCGCCCGUUGCCCGAAACUCCCAAGACACCUAGUGAGUCGUCACGGUCAACGACGCCUAAAUCAGUAUUCGAUAAUAUACAACGACCGCCCUCGGUGGCGUUGGAGAAGAUCAAAAGCAAGGCAAACGCUACUCUGGAUCGCAUGCAAUUGCUGCAGCAACGCUAUAGACAACAAAAAGAACAAAUGGAGAGAGAUCGCAGCGGCUCGGUAACAGAUCAGAAUAUGUCAGCAUUCGAUCAAUGGUCAAGCAUUUCACAAUCGCCAUCACAUUUUGUUUCUGGCAGCAUGUCGUCUGGUAUCAACUCAUCCCAUCUAGACCUAAUGGAUGAUACUAAUUUCAAUUUGUUCCAUCAGCGUCAAAUGGCUAUGCAGCAUCAUCAAAUGGCCUCGCAACGUGCCAAUCAAUUAGGUCAACGAGGCAUGUCGAGUUCUGUAUUUAAUCUAAAUCAGAUAAAUCGCAAACAGCCCGUUACAAACAAUGGAUGGAUGAAUAAUCCUAUGCAACAGGCUCAAUCUAUGGCUCAGUUAAAUUGUGCCAACUGUGCCCAUCAGCAAUCUCAAUGGAAUGGUCCCCAUCAACAUCACCAGCACAUGCAUAUGCAGCAAGAUCCCUGGAGUAAUCAAUUGUCAUCACAGCAACAUUUAAAUCGUUCCAAUAUGUCCUUAAAUGUGCCCGCUGGCUACAUGAUGCAACCCCAAAUGAAUGGCAUGUAUCCGCCACCCACAUUCAUGAACCAAAGGGGUUUAGUCCAUCCAAUGUAUCCACAGCAAUAUAUGGGAGGAAUGCCUGUUAUGAAUCCAGGUUUAAUGGGUAUGCCUCCAUCCACUUCUAGAGCAGCUUCACGAGCAGGUUCUCGCAUGGCUUCACCAGCAAUGAGCCGCAAGUCUGUGACGCUAAGGCGUAAGCAACGCUCUAGUUAUAUCGAUGAUGAAGCCACCGAUGAUGAAGAUUCCGAUGAAGAUGAUCGUCGCUCCAUAACAUCAAACCGUUCUGGUAUUUCCCGAUCACUACAGAGACGCAUGUCUAGUGCUUCCCAAAUUCAACUUGAAGACGAUAUUGAAUCGUCUCAAGCCAAAUCACACCGUAAUCGAGCACGAAACCAACGCAGAGAUUCUAUUGCUAAAUCCGUUCAUAGUGAUUGGGCUCCAGGAAGAAGAACAUCAUCAAGCAAUAAUAAUCGUUCAGCCGAUUCGGGUUUCAAUAGUCCGCUCAAACCCUCACGUAUAUAUUCAGAUUUAGAUUCAGAGGGUUCUGGAACCAGAGCAUUGGUACAGGCUAAAAUCGAACAAAAGCUAAAAGAAGAAACUCUCAAGCAAAAACAGUCGAGACCCAAAAGGCAGAGCCAAUCCCCAACACCCCAAAAGACAAGUGCAGCAGUACAAACACCUGCUGUUAAACAAGCAAUUAAACAGGAGAACGCCAAAACUGUUACUAACGAACCAGUGAAACCAGUGAGAGAACCAUCGCAAAGUGAAUCGGAAGAAGAGGAACAAGUCAAUGUUAAGAAAGAACCGGUAGAGGUGGAGGAAAAACCAGAAAGCGCAACGGAAGAAGAAGAAAGUGAAAGUGAGGAAACAGAACCCGAAUCUGAACAAGAGUCCAAACAAAUAGAGGAGAAUGAAAUAGAAGAAGACGAUUUGGGUCCUCCUCCCUCCACGCCAGACCACGAAUGGGAAUGCGAAUUUUGUACAUUUGUGAAUGAGGCCAAUAUUAAAAUCUGUUCUAUUUGUUGUAAAACUCCCAGUAUCAAACCAAAAAAAGCCAUAAAAUCGAUAUCGCCACCAAAACAAAUUAAGACUCCUUUGGUUAAAAAGGAGAAGGAACAUACAAAAGUAAAAGAAACACAGAAGCCAAUGGAGAAGGAACCUGUCAAAGAUAAAAGUGGUACGAUUAAGAAAAAACCAAUUACGUCGUCACAAUCAUCAUCCAUCCAAAACACCAUAACAAAUAACACUGAAAUUGAAAAAAUUACAAACAAUAUUCAGACAACGAAACCCGACUCUGCUCACAAUACAGACGAUGGAAAUGAAUCCACAACAAACACGCACAAAGUGAAAGAAUCUGUGGAGGAUAUUUGGGCUACAUUGGAUGAAAAUAUUCAGGCUACAGCCCAUGAGGUUACACGUAAGGCAGAAUCGAAAAAAACUUCCAAAGUAUCUACUGCUUGUGGUACUUCUUCCAAGUCAGCAAGCGUUGAACGGCAAGAAAACGAUUCAAGACACUCUCAAGCCAGAGAAAUAGGUACUUCACCACCGCCUCAAAGUAUUUCCACUCAAACUUAUGAUACUUUACCCGUCCAUAAACCAGAGACUAGGGAUGAGGCUAUUGCGAAGCCAACACCACAACCCUUGUAUAAUGAUAUAAUACAACAAACAAAUUUCCCUCCAUCUCCCAAGAUACAAGACUUGAAAUCUUUCGAAGCCGAAGUUUUAAACAAAAUUCACAAUAUUAGUCAUGUACCCUCCCAACAUCACUAUCAGCAUAGUCAUCAACAUACAAAUCAUCCCGUGUACUCCUAUUCCAACGACCGUCAGCGUUAUCGCAGUAACAACGAUUUACAUAUGGAUGAUGCAAUGUCUAUGGAUUUUGAGACAUUUAAUGGUUUAGGAAGGCGACAACCAUCCAUAAGUGAAUUGAUGCUGUUGCAGAAAACUUCUUCACAAAUGCAUUCCCCUUUGGGUGGUAGCAUCUAUGAUCUACCCUACCGCGAACUAUCCUCACUCAGACACAAUGAUAUGGAAAAUCAUAAAGAAUCUGAUUUAUAUAAACAUACCACGGAAGAGCUGAAUGCAGCUCUGAAAUACUGUGGACCUGAUAUGCAUCCUCUAGUCUGGCUACGAGACAACUGGCCCAAACUUAUACAAACUGUGCAAAGUUUGGCCACUAAAUAUGGCCAGGAGAGAGCUGAAAAUACCAUUGGAACUAUAUCACAGAUGGAAGCUAGAGACGCAUUACGCAUGCAUACUGGCAAUAUAUGGCAAGCAGUAUCGGAAUGUAUAGAACAGAGACAGCGGAAAUAUCGCGACAUUUCCUCAAAAGGCAACUUUUCCCGAGAAGAUAUUGUAACAGCUCUUACCACACACCAAGGCAAUGUGGAGUUGGCUCUGCUAGACUUGGGACGUACACAAUUGAAACCAUUUCUUAUGAGAAUCUGGGGUUCUCCAGGGGGUGUAGAAAAUGAGAGCGGUUCUCAGCCUUUACCAGCUUCACCACACUCAUCACAAUCAACACACUAUAACAUGGAUAAAGACAUUCAUAAUUUCCUCAGUGCCAAUGCUUCAGAAUGCAUGCAAACGCCAAACAAUACUGGUGCUUUCCCUGCCAAUAAUCAGACGCCAUCACCAUUCGAUCGACCAGCUUCAUUAAACUCUCCAUUCGAAAACAAUAAUCAUAUGCUCGAUAAUACAUCCAGUUACAGUGCAGACAGUAAAGACUUUGCCAACAGCCCACUACCCAUAGACGAAUCAAUAUUCAGUAAUAAAAAUGUCCUCAAAGAUCUUGAGACUCUGAUUGGCAAUAUGGAACACAAUCAGCAAAAACAAAACGAAAAAGUACUACGAUCGAUUCACGAUAUGAUUAACAAUGCAACUCCCAAAACCGACAACGAAUAUGAUUCGGAAACCAUGAGAAUACUAACCAAAAGCCCCAUAACCUCACCCAAAUUCAAGACUACUCCCAAUGAAAAUAACUCCGAAAAUGAAGCAGAUGUUAAGAACUUUGUUUGGCAGCAUAUACAGGAAAUUGUGCCAAAUUUGGUGCAACAAGUGGAAAUGGAAUUAAUGGAAGACCUUGACGAUAAACUUAAAAAUAAUGAAGUUGAAGAAACGAGAGAAAUCACACCUGAACCUAUACAGGUUGCUCCCCCACCACCACCGCCACCAAUAGAUCAGGAUGAAUUUCUCAUGGAAGAAGUUAUAAAACCAAAUAUUAAAAAUGCUUCUAUUCGAGAAGAAUUGCCUCCCCAAUAUGUUUAUACCGCAGAAAUUGCAACUUUUCAACUGGCAUUUGAUAAGGGUUUGGAGAGGGAACAUGAAGAAGAAUUCGAGUUUGAAACAUUGGAAGAGGCAUCAAGACAAGUGUAUAGAAUGUUUAAAGCUCCUGAAGCUCAAACGCAACAACAGACAGAAGAGUCUAUACAAGAAAUAGAAAAUCCAGUUAAUGUUAAUGUGACAGAAAUACAAACACAAGAACCAAAUACAGAAAUCGCACCAAAAGAUGAAAUGACCGUGUCUUCUGAAACUCAAUUGGAAGAAUUACAAAUACACAGGGAAAUUCCCAGCUCACUUGACAAUACUUAUUUGGAUGAAAAACCAACCGCAGUUAAUUCUGUGGUUAAUGUGGAUGAGACUCAAGUAGAGAACACGACUUCUUCUGGAACUCCAUCUGACUUAUUACCAACGAAUAAUGAAAUCUCAAGUCCACCUCAAGAAGACCAUUUGCAGGAAACAGUUAUUCAAAUAUCUGAAACAUCAAAAACUGAAUCCGAGGUGUUGACAGAAAACAAUAAUACAGUUAGUUUCAAUGCUGAAAUAGUAGGCACCUCAGUUAAAAGUGAUGAAAUUCCAAGCACAUCCAAAGAAGUUAAUUUGAAGGAAACUAAUAUUCAAACAGCAUCCUCAUCUGAAAGAGACAAUGAUAAGAUAACAACCAACGAUGAAGUUUCAAAUCAAAAAUAUGAACCGUUAAAUUCGGCUGAAGAAAUUGAUGCUCCUAUUGCACUACAAUCUGUUGAAACAUCAAUUACGGCAGAUAAUAAGUCCUUAACAGAAAGUUAUGAUGCCUCUCCUAUAAACAUUGACCCUUCCACUCCAUCUGUAUCAUCAUUAAAUAAUACCAUAACUCCAAUAUCUGAAACAGCACAAACAUCCGAUCCUGAAAAGUCUGCGCAACAACCGCCUGUAGUUAUAAAUGCUAAGGAGAAACAUGAAAAUGCAACCACAUCAACUCCAAGAGGUAAACCCAAUAAACAAUCUAAGAUUCGAACAAAAAAUAUAAAUCAAUACAAGCGAACAACCCUUAAAGAUCUUUCAAAAGAAUUGGAACAAGCUGAAGCUGAGAUAGCAAUAAGCAGUGCUGAAAAGACAAUUAAUGUUCCAACAAUUCCCACUGCAGAUAUGACUCCGAUUUCUGAAAUCAUACGAAAUUCAACGAAUCUAUCAGAACAUGAAUCAGAAAAUCUUGCCCAAGAGGCUAAUGCUACUAGUGACCAUAAACAACCUUCUGAAGAACAGAAUGAAAAUCAAUCUAAAAAUGUUACUACAAACUUAUCUAAAACUAAUACAACUUCUUCAGUAGAACCAGCAUCACAUACUUCCAAUGCAACAAUUCAAACAGUUCCCCCAAUCGAAACGAAAGUUUCGACAAAUGAAAAUUCGCAGCCUUCUUUAAAUAAAAGAAUAUCAAAAAUUCCUGUACGCCGAACUUCCAGUAAUAAAAGUCUAAUUAAUUCCUCCACAGUCUUAACAAAAACCAAUUCAAAUGGGGAUAUGAAAUCGCAAGAACCGAAUUUACCUGUUGCGGCUACUGCUAGUCAAAAAGGAAUUCCACAACCAACCACCGAAAUGAACAAUUCAGAUAACCAGUCUCAUACUAUUCUUACCGAAGAUGAAUCUGAAGAGGAAGAACUUUAUAGCAUCGAAAGUGAUACAACUGAAGUUUCUUCUAGAGCAGAUCAGUUUCAAUCACCAAGUACCACUAGCGAAAUGUUCUUAGUGAUACAACAGGAAGGAAAUAGUACUAUUGCACCGUCAACGAGUAGUUCCACUCUACACUCCACAAUAAGUCAAUCAUCGGGUUUAAAAUCUCCAACUGAAUUCAUACCAUCCGGUGAUCCAUCGAAACAGAAUCUUUCUGAAUUAGUAGAAGACACCCAAAGACUGAUCAAACAAAUGAAAGAUGAAAUAAGUAUUGAUGAUUUUGAAUCGUCUACAGACGAAUACUCAGACGAAUACUCCGAUGAGUAUGAUGAUGAAGAAGAGGGCGAAGAAGAGGAAGAUGGUGACUGGGAAGAGGGGGAAGAGGAGGAGGAUGAAGAUGAGUAUGAUGAUAUAACUGAAGAUAUAACAGAGGAAAAUGAAGAUCUUAGUAUUGAUGAAGACUCCAUCAGCAAAACCCAAUCUCCUCUACCAAGCCAAGAAUCUCAAGAUCACAGAGAACUACACAACAGUUCAGCCUUAUCCAAUAUAACCGAAUCAUCCGAUCAUUCACAAGCAUUACUUUCUGAUCACUUUGAACAGGAUGCGCCAAUAACCACAGAAACUAAUGACACACAAAAUCAAAUUAUUUCUGUAGAAGAAACUGCUGCAUUUGUUGAAACUGAAAAUAAUUUGCCAGAACUGCCUGUAGAAACUGUAAUUAAUAACACUUUAGAAAGGUCACAAUCUUCUAUGCAAUUUGUAGAAUCGGAAAAUAGUCUUCCUGAAUUGUCAGUUGAAACUGUUUUACCAAAUGUCAAUACUUUAUCACAAGAUGAUCAAGUAUUGACCACACAGCAGCAUUUUAACACACAACAAGAUUCUGAAGAAAAAUCUGCAUUAGUUAGUGGUUUAAGAGAUAUACUUUCAGCUUCUAUUUCCAUAGUUAAUGAAUUGGAGACAGAGAACGGUUUACCAGAGUUCCCCGUGGAAGUAGUUUUAGCCAGUUCAGCAGUAAAUUCUAAAGAUUUUCAAAAUGUUACGGCAACCCAAGAUUCACAAGAACUUGUAACAGUUUCACAAAAUGAAAAUGAGCAAAUAUUAAAAACGGAAGAAAGUUCAAACGAUUCAAGUAAAGAAGCGAAUCAUGAGCAGGACUCGAAAACUGUAAAUGAUCUAACAUCAACUAGCAAUGAGAACAAAACUAUUCCACACAAUCCAAUAGAUGAACAACAAACUCCAACAGAAUUGGAAACCAUUUCUAAUAACGAUUCAAAAACAGAGACCACCACAACCCAACAUGAUUUACCAACAACAAGUAAUGCUACUAGAAAUUUGUCAACUGCUCCAAUCGAAGCAAAAGCUCAACGUAGCGCUUCGGAAACCAAUGACGACAAUGUACCCUCCACUAGUAAAGGUAUUAGAUCAUCUGUAUCUAACAAAAAAUCAAAUGAUGAAAUAAAAACGGGAGUCAAAAAAACACCGACAGCUAGUAAAAUACCAAAACCAAAAGAAAUUCCCAAGGAUACAAAACCAAAAGAUACUCCAACAUUAAAACCACAAAAUGAGUUCAAAAAGAAAUUAUAUACACGAUCAAAGUCAUUUUCUGGACCACCAACACCGAUUGGCAUUGCAUCUGUAAAAACUAUAAGUCAAAAGUUUAUAAGUCCAACGUUAAAUGCAACAAAGACAGCAACACCAAAACAUUAUCCCACCGUUACGAGAAAAUCAUCUAUUGUAGAAGCCAUAAAUAAACUUACUAGACCCUCCUCCAGCAGCGCAGAAAAACCAGCUGUUAGUUCUCUAUUCAAAUCGAGAACUCAGCCACGCAUACCUAAAAAGAAGUAUCACGAAACCUGUUUCUCGGAUGAUGAUUACGAAUCUUCAUCAUCAGAAGAAGAAAUGGAACCGCUUGAAGUAAGACAACGUAAAUUCAGUGUUCCCGUUUUCAGAGCCUAUCCCAGUGUACAAGAGCCCGAGGAGGUUAAUACAGAGGAACUUGUGGAAAAGUUCAUGAAAGAAGAAUUGGCGGGCACUUUUGCUGAAGCACAAAUAGCUGCUACUUUGGUAGCUAUGAAGUUCCAACAAGAUGUUUCAUUAUGGGCCGCUAAAGAGUGUAGAGAUCUCGAUCAUGCAGUUGCCUUACUAAAACAGGAAUGUGAACUUUGUAGUGGCACUUAUGCUCUCAACCAAAUCGUAUCCAUGCUCAAGUGUACCCAUAAAUGUUGCAAACAAUGUGCCAAAACUUAUUUCACCGUACAGAUAACCGAACGCAGUAUUAACGAUUGUAGUUGUCCUUUCUGCAAAUUACCCGAAUUGCAUAAUCAAACCGAACACGAAGAUGAAAAUCUGGAAUAUUUCUCCAACUUGGAUAUAUUUUUGAAAAGCAUACUUGAACCCGAAGUACAUGAAUUAUUCCAGCGUAAACUUAGAGAUCGUACAUUACUCAAAGAUCCUAAUUUUAAAUGGUGUGUACAAUGCUCUUCGGGAUUCUUUGCCAGGCCUAAACAAAAGCGACUCAUAUGCCCCGAUUGCGGUUCAGUGACCUGUGCUCAAUGUCGGAAAACGUGGCAAAAACAACAUGAAGGCAUUCCCUGUGAUCAAUAUUUGGAAUGGGAAUCUGCCAAUGAUCCCGAGGUACAAGCCAAGGGAGUUCAAGAGCAUUUAGAACACAAUGGCAUCGACUGUCCAAAAUGUAAAUUUAGAUAUUCUUUAGCCAGAGGAGGCUGUAUGCAUUUCACUUGCACCCAGUGCAAAUAUGAAUUUUGUUAUGGCUGUGCCAAACCAUUUAUGAUGGGUGCCAAAUGUACCAUUUCACCAUAUUGUGCUAAAUUAGGUCUGCAUGCCCAUCAUCCCCGCAAUUGUUUAUUUUAUUUGCGCGACAAACUGCCGGUACAACUGCAGAUUCUACUGAAAAAUAAUGCAGUGUCAUUUGAAGUGGAUCCCAUAGAAACGGCAGACGAUGUUGAUGAUAAUGAACCUAGUUCAUCGAAAAAGAAGGAAUUACUUUGUCCCAUACCCAUACAAAAAGAGACACCUACUGGACUGGUCGAUACCAUAUGUAACGGAGAAGUGCCCGAGAAACAUGCGGGAAUGUGUCGCACUCAUUAUGUGGAAUAUUUAACGGCCAAGGUGGCCAAAGCGAAAAUCGAUCCUUUGCCCAUAUUCGAUCUGACAGAUUGUGUUCAAGAGUUGCGUCGACGCGGCAUAGCAUUACCAGAACGCGGUCCUUGGGAUACGGAUGAAAUUUACAAAACCAUGUGCUCUGAGGUUAUACAAAAAAAUAUACCUUUAGAUAUGGCUUAAAACCCCAUUAUUGGGACUGUCUUUUUAAAACUUUUAUUCAUUUAUUCAAAUUAGAUUUAAGUUAAAUUCAUGUUUAUUAAAAAUAUAUUUAUAUAUUGUCGGAAUAAAUUUAUACCUAAAUUAUUGAUUGUAGUAAA